AUGGCGGAUGAACUGGAAUAUCUCCAUCCAGAUUUCGAUCUGAACUCUCUCACUGUCCCUCGUCUCCGGUCCAUUCUCGUUAGCCACGAUAUCCCCUACCCCGCCUCGGCAAAGAAGGCUCAACUGAUCGGCAUCCUCGAAGAUGAAGUCCUGCCGCAAGCCAGAAAGCUCCUGCGCGAUCGUGACACGGUUCGGCGAACUAGUAUGGGGAUUACUGACAUGAGCAGUCGGUCGACAUCCGUGGCCAGCGACGCAAACGACAGAGAGUCAAUGCCGCCUCCAGCUACACCCUCAACAGUCGGGUCCACAAGCAGAGGCCAGCGAGGUACAUCGCGACGCAGCACCCGCCACUCAACCGCAGAUGCUGAUGAUGUUUUCGGCCCUGCCACACCUGUCAGAAACACAAAGCGCACGAGCGUUGCUCGCUCGGUGGGUAAACACGCUCGCACGUCUGACACGGAAACCGGUGAUGACACACUCGUCACCCCAGUCGCUGCCAUCCGUCCUACGCCUCGCAAAUCGACAGCUAGGAAGGUUGGACGAAGCGAGAUCCUCCCAUCGACAGAAUUAGACGAACACACUCCCGGUGCCAGGUCAGGAUCACACCAUGAGAGCACGUUUACGGAUGACAACCCUUUCCAGAGCGGAAGCCCCGAGGCUCCUAAAAGCGCAAGGAUGAGUUAUGAUGCUAAGCGGAAGAGUGCUUCGCGCUUAUCCACCGAUAGCCCGGCUCGGGGCCGCGGCCUCAGGUCGCGGAAAUCAGCAACUCCGUCUAGCGUUCAGCUAGAUGAUGGUUUCCAGCCACCUCAUCGGGACUCAUUUGAUUUCGAUUCCCGAUUGAUGCCUCCACAGGAGGAGCCUGGGGAGGAGUCGGAGGAAUCGGAGGAAGAUGAAGAAAGCGAAAUUGGGGCUGGUGAAGAAUUCACGCCUGAGGAACAGCUCGCUAUGUCUAUGGAACAUGAUCAGUACUCGCCACAAGUUCAGACUAGGCGACGGCCGCAAAAGCAAGGAACUCUCAGCCGCUUGGCCCCUUGGGUGGUCAUUCUUUCCCUGGCUGGCAGUUUUGGUGCCUGGUGGCGCAAAGAAAAGCUCGAAAUCGGAUACUGUGGCCUGGGAAAGCCCACCUGGUCUUUGGCAGACACAAAGGUUCCUGAUUGGGCGAAUGUUUUGGAGCCACGAUGCGAGCCAUGCCCAAGCCACGCCUUCUGCUAUCCGAAUUUUGAAGUGCGCUGCGAAAAUGAUUUCCUUUUGAAGCCGCAUCCUCUUGCUCUUGGGGGCCUGGUCCCGUUACCGCCAACAUGUGAACCGGAUAGUGAAAAGGAGCGCCGCGUGAAAGCCGUUGCUGAUAAAGCCGUUGAGGAGCUUCGUGAACGCCGGGCAAAGUGGGAAUGUGGUCAGCUGAAGGAAGACGGCAAAGGCGCCAGAUCUCCAGACAUCAGCGAGCCGGAAUUGAGGGAAGAGGUCGCGAAGAAACGCCGCAAGGGCCUGAGUGACACCGAAUUUGACGAGCUGUGGAAGGGCGCCAUUGGCGAGAUACUUGGUAAAGAUGAAGUUAUCAGCAAGACCCAGCAAAAUACCGGCAUCCUUGUCCUCUCCUCUACCUCCAUUGCACGGCUCCCACUCGCAUGCGCCGUCCGCCGCCACUUCCGACUCGCUCUCCUCGCGUAUCGACUCCCUAUUUCACUUCUAAUCCUAGUCAUUGGCCUUCUUGUGUACGCUCGUGCGCGUGUUCUCGCACGUCGGUCUGACAUCGCCCGCGUACCUGAAUUGGUAGCUACAACCCUAGACCGACUAUCCACGCAGGCUGCACUAUACGCCCGCGGCGAUGCUAAAGAACCUUACAUUGCCAUCGGUCAGCUCCGCGAUGAUGUCCUCCGCUUUGAACUCCAAGGCAAGCGUCGCGAGGAGCUUUGGCGACGGGUCCGCAACUUUGUCGAGGGCAACGCUAACGUCCGCGCCUCUGUACGGGAAGGACGGAGUGGUGAUGUUUCUCGAGUCUGGGAGUGGAUUGGUGGGAUCAACGCCGUUGGCGAGCCGGAGCAUACUGGCCGCCGUGAGAGCGCACGAUUCUCUAUCCCUUCUCCAUCUAGCAACAUCAUAACAAGCCCGCACACCCCUGCGGGUGAAGGUCAACCUGAGCCAGCUUCUAGUCCGAGAGAAUCUCGCCGCUGGGAUGAAGGCCGUCCGAUCUACUAG